AUGCCUCUUGUCGUACAGAAUCUCCAGCCGAGAGUGAUCCUCGGGUUAAUGACCUUUGGUCCAAGCGAGGCCAAGGGUGCCCGAAUCACUUCACUGGACGAGUACAACAAAUGCCUUGAUUACUUCCAGCAGCAAGGAUUCAACGAGAUCGACACCGCCCGUAUCUAUAUCGAUGGAGAGCAGGAGGCGUUCACAGCCAAGGCCAACUGGAAAUCACGUGGAUUGACGCUGGCCACGAAAUGGUACCCGAAGCAGCCCGGCUUCCACAAGCCGGAGAUCCUCCGUGAGAAACUGGAGCUUUCCCUCAAAGAGCUGCAGACCGAUACGGUUGAUAUCUUCUACCUGCAUGCGGCGGAUCGAGCCACUCCAUUUGCCGAAACCCUUGAAGCCGUUAACCAGCUGCACAAGGAGGGCAAGUUUGUACAGCUUGGUCUGAGCAACUAUACAGCCUUUGAGGUGGCCGAGAUUUGUAUUCUAUGUGCCGAGAGAGGAUGGGUUCGCCCGACUAUCUAUCAGGCUAUGUAUAACGCCAUAACCCGCAACAUCGAGACUGAACUCGUCCCCGCCUGCCACCGGUACGGCCUUGACAUUGUCAUCUACAACCCGCUCGCCGGUGGUCUUUUCUCCGGCAAAUACAAAACAAAAGAUAUCCCUGCAGAAGGCAGAUACAGCGAUUCAAGCUCUACUGGACCCAACUAUCGCGCCCGCUACUUCAGAGAUGCCACUUUUGAAGCGCUGAGUAUCAUUGAGCCCGUUGUAGAGAAACACGGUCUCACUUUACUCGAAACAGCUCUGCGCUGGGCCCGCCACCACUCUGCUCUGAGAAUGGACAACGGAGGUCGGGAUGGAGUCUUGGUGGGAGUUAGCAGCUUCGCACAGCUCGAAACUAACCUUGCUGAUCUCCAGAAGGGCCCGCUGCCGGAGGAGGUUGUGCAGGCUUUGGACCAAGCAUGGCUGGUAGCCAAGUCCAACUCUCCAAACUAUUGGCACCUGGAUCUGAAGUACACUUAUGAUACCCAAAAGGCUAUCUUCGGGCCAAAGGUCUUCGAGCUUUCAGAGCCGAGGGUGACCCAGCCCCCGGACGCAGUCCACGACUUCGACUCUGACGACGAGAUGGCCCUCACUCGCCCCCCAUUACACCGACCGACGGAUGGCCGCUCGCAACAACCCCUCCUCAAGGAAAGCUAUUAUCGCCGAUCCCGAUCGAGCUUUGGGAACGGCGAUGCGGAGCCUAUGUUGCACCAUACUAGACGGCCAACGAUCCGGAGUAAAAGCCCGGAACUCGACGCUUCCCAGGAAGCCCGCAAAAGGUACCUCGUUGCAUCUGGGUUCCUCUUGCUUAGUCUGAUUAGCUUCGUGGUUCAAACGGAGACCGCUUCUUACAUUUCAAAUGACUUGCAUUGGAAGAAGCCGUAUUGCAUGCUCUAUAUGACCCACGGUUCAUGGUCUUUGCUCUGGCUAGUCCAACUAGGCAUCCUUCGGUUACAAAAACGGAAGCUCUCGUGGGAUGCUUUCUGGCGACGCCAUAUCUUUCUCCUUCGCUCCACUGCGCAGAUGGUAGAAUCCCGGGAAGUCCAUCUGAGCACCCGGGCCUCCAACCGAUCGCCCAUUCCGUAUAUUCUGAAGACCACCGCCUUUGUAACAACCGCUCUUACAGUCGCAGGCGGAUCAUGGUACGUGGCAGUCAACAUGACCACCGCCAGCGAUCUGACAGCAAUUUACAACUGCUCGGCUUUCUUCGCGUAUGCCUUUUCGGUCCCACUCUUGAACGAGAAGCUGCGGUUCGAUAAGAUCUUUUCUGUGGCUGUGGCCAUCGUCGGCGUUAUGGUCGUUGCUUAUGGGGGUCGGGCUGAGAAGAAUGUCUCAGAAGGAGAGGGGACAACAGAAGACAGCGGGGGCCAGAAUCGACUGCUCGGAAACCUCGUAAUCGGUAUUGGAAGUAUCCUCUAUGGACUUUACGAGGUGCUGUACAAACGCUUCGCCUGUCCUCCGGAAGGCACCAGUCCUGGCCGCGGUACGAUAUUUGCCAAUACUUUUGGCAGCCUCAUCGGGUGUUUCACCCUGCUCAUCUUGUGGAUCCCAUUGCCAUUCCUGCACUGGACGGGGUUGGAGACGUUUGUAUGGCCGACCGGCGAGGUCGGAUGGAUGCUGCUCAUCUCGGUGAUUUCCAAUGCUAUAUUCUCGGGCUCUUUUCUUGUGCUCAUUUCUCUCACAUCGCCCGUUUUAUCUUCGGUGGCUGCUCUCCUUACCAUCUUCCUGGUCGCUCUGGUGGACUGGUUCCGAACCGGAGAGCCACUUCCUAUGUCAUCUAUCAUCGGCGGCGUUUUGAUUAUGCUGGCAUUCUUUCUGUUGAGCUUCAGCACAUAUAGAGAGAUGAAGGAGGAGCGCAAGAAGCAUCCAGUGGACGACGAGGUUGAUACUGAUAGUGAUGAUGCAUAG